UAUAUAUUUAAUAAAUAAGCUAUACACUAUGCCUAUCAGUUCCACUAACCAACGGCUUACCAGGGAGUUGUAUAAGCCGCCACCAAGAUCGCUGAUAGAAUUACGAUUGAUGCAACAACAAGGUAAAUACCACAGUUCUGGAAGUAUUGGAUUGAGAACAAGUGUUGAAGGAGGACUGAGCAGAGAGAGGCAUUUAGAUGGAAUGUAUUCAAGGAAGACCGCUGUUGUUGAACCAAUAAAUGAUAAGGAAACCGCAAAUAAAGAUGGAUGGGAAAAUGGAACCGGCAAUGGUGAAAGCACAAUAAAAACAUCACAAAAGAAUACGAGUAAAAUAGCCACAAGUGCUUCCACAGCAAAUAAUGUUGGAUAUUGUAGGCUAUGGUGCUGCGGUGCCCAUUUGACAAGAUGCAACAUCAUAUCGUUUUUUAUUGGUUUGCUACUUGGAGCUCUCUUAACGGGGUUGGUGGUUGGAUUAACGUUAUACGGAGAAAUAAAAGCUCGAGAUGAACGAAUUGCUGAAUUGGAAGCACUGAAUGAAUAUUGUUUCCAAGAUCCUUGUCCAUCCAGAUCGUCAUCGUGCGGUUAUUCCACAAACAAUGAACAAAUCGUAUGCUUCUGUGACAAUACGACAAGUCAAGAAACGAUCAGUGAAGCUGGAUAUAUCGACGGAUAUAAUUGUACGUUUUUCAAUCGAACUAUGAAUCCUACAACACCAUCCAUAGCGUAAAGAUGAAAUGAUCGCGAAUUGAAAUCGCUCCUAUUCAUCAAACUUUUUGAAGAUGAUGCAGUAUUAUUUUCUUUGGCAGUUAUACGUAUUCUUUUCACUGUAUUUGUAAAUAUACUCAUGAUACAAAAGUAGAAGAACUUUGUAAUACAAUAUAUAUGUAAGAUAAAAUAGAAUAAUGAUCAAGGCAG